CAGAGCAAAAGUGAGUGUGAAACCUCUUUAAAACUCUAUUUCCGGCAUCGUUUCGCCGUUCUGGACUGUGGGAACGGACUGCCAGGAUCUUGGGCGUGCAUACAUGAAGCUCCUGUGAGCGAAAUUUUCAGAAAAGAGCAAUGGCGAUUGGAUGGAUGCGCAAUCGGAGACAAAGGCAAGUCCUUGUUUUGUUUGUUUUGCUGAGCAUGUCUGGGGUGUGCGCCGAUUUAGGGCCCUAUUCAGUAAUGGAAGAAACCGAGAGAGGAUUCUUUGUGGGAAAUCUAGGGAAAGAUCUGGGAUUGGGGUUGACGGAGAUGUCCAGCCGCGGGGCCCGGAUCAUUUCUCAGGGCCACAAAGAGCAUUUGCAGCUCAAGGUUCAGACCGGGGAUUUGCUCAUAAAUGAGAAAGUAGACCGAGAGGAGCUAUGCGGUUCCACCGAGCCUUGUGUCCUACAUUUCCAAGUGCUAAUGGAAAAUCCCUUAGAGAUAUUUCAGGCUGAACUAAGGGUGGAAGACAUAAAUGACCAUUCUCCCGUGUUCACUGAAAGAGAAAUGAUUCUAAAAAUACCAGAAAACAGUCCUCUAGGCACGGCAUUCCCUCUGAGUAAUGCUCUGGACUUGGACGUAGGAAGCAACAGUGUUCAGAACUAUAAAAUCAGUCCCAACCCCCAUUUUCAAGUUUUAACCCACAAUCUCAGCGAUGGCAGAAAAUAUCCGGAGCUGGUGUUGGAGAAAGAGCUGGAUCGGGAGGAGGAGCCUGAAAUCGCUUUAACCCUGACAGCGCUGGAUGGCGGCUCUCCGCCUCGGUAUGGGACCGCCCAGGUGCGCAUUGAAGUGGUGGACAUCAACGAUAAUGCCCCUGAGUUUGGGCAGCCACUCUACCAGGUGCAUAUUCCUGAGAACAGCAACGCAGGCUCCCUGGUCGUCACUCUCUCUGCCAGAGAUAUAGACAGCGGAGUCAAUGGAAAAAUAGGAUACUCACUCUUUCAGCCCUCAGAAGAUAUUAGCAAAACUUUGGAGGUAAAUCCUAUGACAGGAGAAAUUCGACUGAGAAAACAAGUGGAUUUUGAAACAGUUCGGUCUUAUGAAGUGGACAUCAAGGCCACUGACGGGGGAGGUCUUGCAGGAAAAUGCACUCUUCUCCUGCAGGUGGUGGAUGUCAAUGACAACGCCCCAGAGGUGACCGUGUCUGCACUGACCAGCCCCAUCCCAGAGAACUCGCCUGAGACUGUAGUUGCUGUUUUCAGUGUUUCAGAUCCUGACUCUGGAGACAAUGGGAAGACUAUUUCCACCAUCCAGGAUGAGCUUCCUUUUCUUCUAAAACCCUCAGGCAAGAAUUUUUACACAUUGGUAACGAAGAGAGCACUAGACAGAGAAGAAAGAGCCCAGUACAACAUCACCAUCACCGUCACCGACAUGGGGACCCCCAGGCUGAAAACCCAGCACAACAUAACCCUGCUGGUCUCCGACGUCAACGACAACGCCCCCGCCUUCACCCAAACCGCCUACACCCUGUUCCUCCGCGAGAACAACAGCCCCGCCCUGCACAUCGGCAGCGUCAGCGCCACAGACAGGGACGCGGGCGCCAACGCCCAGGUCACCUACUCGCUGCUGCCGCCCCACGACCCGCAGCUGCCCCUGGCCUCGCUCGUGUCCAUCAACGCGGACAACGGCCACCUGUUCGCCCUGAGGGCGCUGGACUUCGAGGCCCUGCGGGCGUUCGAGUUCGGCGUGGGCGCCACGGACCGCGGGUCGCCCGCGCUGAGCAGCCAGGCGCUGGUGCGCGUGCAGGUGCUGGACGCCAACGACAACUCGCCCUUCGUGCUGUACCCGCUGCAGAACGGCUCUGCGCCCUGCACCGAGCUGGUGCCCAGGGCGGCCGAGCCGGGCUACCUGGUGAGCAAGGUGGUGGCGGUGGACGCAGACUCGGGCCAGAACGCCUGGCUGUCGUACCAGCUGCUCCGGGCCACGGAGCCCGGGCUGUUCGGCGUGUGGGCGCACAAUGGCGAGGUGCGCACGGCGCGGCCGCUGGGCGAGCGCGACGCGGCCAAGCACAGGCUGGUGGUGCUGGUCAAGGACAAUGGCGAGCCCGCGCUGUCUGCCAGCGUCACGCUGCACGUGCUGCUGGUGGAGGGCUUCUCGCAGCCCUACCUGCCGCUGCCCGAAGCGGCGGCCGAGCGGGCGCAGGCCGACCCGCUGACCGUGUACCUGGUGGUCGCGUUGGCGUCGGUGUCGUCGCUGUUCCUAUUCUCGGUGCUGGCGUUCAUCGCGGUGCGGCUGUGCAGGCGGAGCAGGGCGGCCUGGGCGGGUGGCUGCUCGGUGCCUGAGGGCCACCUUCCGGGCCACCUGGUGGACGUCAGCGGCACUGGGACCCUGUCCCAGAGCUACCAGUAUGAGGUGUGUCUGAUGGGAGGUACUGGGACAGAUGAGUUUAAAUUUCUGAAGCCGAUUAUUCCCAAUCUUCCAGUCCAUGACACUGGUAAGAAUGUAGAGGAGAAUGAGAACUUUAGAAAUAGCUUUGGAUUCAACAUCCAAUAAAAUUUUUAAAUUUUAAUUUCUUAAUCUCGGAAUACUGAGGUGUGUCAGAGGGGAGGUUCAGGGACCAGGUAAAGUUGCUAAAACCAGUUAUCCCCAAUCUCAAAUCCCAGAGCAGGGGGGUAAGUGGGAAAAAAGCCCUUCUUUUGGACUAGCUUUGGGAAUUAAUUAUUUAUAGGAACAUAGUUAAUAAAGACAUUAGCUUCUAACAUAUUUUGUAAACUAACUAGGUUAUUUUUGCUCACCACCAAUAAGGUGUUGUUUAAUUUUCUGUAUUUCACCCUCAAUUACCAGUUUUAUGCUUAACUUCAGAAGUUUUCUUUUCCUUAUUCUUUA